UAAUUUCUGAAAACUCCGGUGGAUUCAAGGCAAAAUAACUCCAACCAAAAAGUGCCAUAUGAUCGUCUCCAGCGACAACCCAUCUGCUUGAACACUCAAUCCAUGGCCGCACUCAAAAUCCCAAGAUUCCCUUUCUCACACACUUCAAGGAACCUCUCCUUCUUCAACUACUCUUCUUGGUACUCACCUCCCUCUCCUUACCAUGACGACCCUCUUCUCACAACAAUUUCUGAAGCAAUCAAAACUUCAGCGACAACAUCUAACACUUCUUCACUUAAAAAUAUCCUCCCUUCUCUUACUCCCUCUCAUCUCAUCAACCUUAUCAACCACAACCCUCACUCUCUUUCCCCCAACUCUCUCUUUUCCUUCUUCAACUUCCUCUCUUCACAGCCUCACUUUCGUCUCACGCUACAAUCCUAUUGUGCAAUGAUUCAUUUUCUUAUUGCCCGUAAAAUGCUCUCUCAAGCCCAACGUCUUCUUCAUUUGGUGGUUUCUAAGCAAGGGAAGGGCUCAAGUUCCAAACUUUUUGCUUCGGUUUUGGAAACCAGAGGUAUCCAUUUGUCUGAUUUUUUUGUUUUUGAUGCUAUGAUGAUUGUUUAUACGGAUUUAGGGUUUGUAAAUGAUGCUGUUCAGUGUUUUAGGUUCGUUAGAAAGCAUAAUUAUCGUAUUCCUGUUAAUGGGUGUAGCUGUUUGCUUGAUAGAAUGAUGAAAACGAGCUUGACUAUGGUGACUUGGGGGUUUUAUUUGGAGAUUUUGGAUUAUGGGUAUAAGCCAAGUGUGUACAUUUUCAAUGUUUUGAUGCAUAGAUUGUGUAAAGAAGGUAAAGUUAAGGAUGCCCAAGUGGUUUUUGAUGAGAUUAAGAAGAGGGGUUUGCGUGUGACGGUUGUAAGUUUCAAUACUUUAAUUAAUGGGUAUUGUAAAGCUAAUAAUUUAGAGGAGGGAUUUAGGUUGAAGAGUGUCAUGGUGGAUAGUGGAAUGCAGCCAGAUGUUUACACUUAUAGCGUUUUGAUCAAUGCAUUGUCUAAAGAGAGUAGGUUAGAUGAUGCAAAAUUGCUUUUUGAUGAGAUGUGUGGAAGAGGGCUGGUCCCAAAUGAUGUUACUUUUACUAUCUUGAUUGAUGGGCAUUGUAAGAAUGGGAGGGUUGACUUCGCCAUGGAUAUUUAUCAGCAAAUGUUGAGGAGAGGUUUGAAGCCUGAUUUGAUAAUGUAUAAUACGCUCAUCAAUGGCCUUUCCAAGAUUGGGAAUUUAAAGGGAGCAAGGAAACUCAUUGAUGAGAUGUAUGCAAGGGGUUUUAAGCCUGAUAAAGUUACUUAUACGACGCUCAUAGAUGGUUUCUGCAAGGAGGGUGAUUUAGAAUCAGCCUUUGGUAUUAGGAAAGAAAUGAUUGAAAGAGGAAUCAAGCUUGACAAUGUAGCCUUCACAGCUCUUAUAUCGGGACUUUGUCGAGGUGGGAAUGUAACAGAGGCUGAAAGAACAUUGAGGGAGAUGCUCAAAGAAGGAUUGAAACCGGAUGAUGCUACAUAUACUAUGGUCAUUGAUGGAUUUUGCAAACGGGGGAAUGUUAAGAUGGGUUUUAAGUUGCUUAAGGAGAUGCAGUGUGAUGGGCAUGUACCAAGUGUGGUAACCUAUAAUGUGCUAAUGAAUGGGCUCUGCAAACAAGGGCAGCUUAAAAAUGCUAAUAUGCUCUUGGAUGCUAUGCUUAAUCUAGGGGUGGUUCCAGAUGACAUUACAUAUAACAUUCUAUUAGAGGGCCAUUGCAAGCAUGGAAACUCAGAAGAUUUUGAUAAACUACGAAGUGAGAAGGGGCUUGUAUUGGAUUAUGCUUCUUAUACCUCACUUGUCAAUAAAACAUUGAAAGAUCGGCAGAAUAGAUGAUUGUAUUGUGUCUUAAACCAAUUGUCUCAAAGUAGGUUGGCUUUGCUGUCAAGGACUGCAAGUUUUAUAAUGACCUGAGAGGACUUUUUGAUGAUUUUCUAUGUUACGUAUCAGGGCAGCUCAAGCAAAAGGAGUAAAGUGAUUAGAGAUAUAUCCAUGGCCAAACACAUGCAUUUUGGUAAUUAUUCCAUUGAGAGAAGAAAGAUUACAGAUUUUAUUUUCAAUUCGAAAGUAUGUUGGCUUAGCUGAUCUCAGAGUGCAAUACCUCUGGAAGAUGAUAAUUCUUUUCAACCAUAAGCUCACAUAGCACCAUAGUUACCUGUCUAUAAUGUUUUGGUAGUCAGAAAACAUACUUAGCUAUACAGCUUUUGUCUUCUUAAGAGUUAGCUUGUUUUUGCCAUUGUGGACACCUGGUCCAUUUUUUUAACUCUUCUUCAUCAUCAAUACAUAGCUUUUUCUUCGGAUCAAGAAGACAGCACCAGAGUUUUAACUCUGAGGUCGAGUGGGAUGGGUUGGAAUUAUAAUAUUGAUGUAGUACUGUAGUUCUUGCCUGAGUGAAAGGGAAUGGGUCUUUUUCAAUUGGCAGUUAGGAAAUAUUGUGCCCUAAGAUGAUUACCCCUGCAAGAUUUUUGGUGUUUAUGUGAUAAAGGACCUCUAUGAUCGCUGCUAGUGGAUAUCUUUGGUGCCUCUGAGCAGUACAGAACCUAAGGAGCAGAUCAGUGAAUAUUUGUAUCCAUCUUGAUUGGAGAGAUUUCAUUUCUGCUGUAGACAACCUGACAAUGGAUACAGUUUAUUUCCUUAUUCCAGUUCUUCAUGAUGAGCUUGUCCUGAAGGAUUUGGCAGUUCCUCUGGCUUAUAAUAUAAGUUAGGAACUUUAAAUGUGAACUUUGAUAUGCAGAGAGAGAAGAUGAAAUAUGUGACUUUAGUCUUUGUGUGGUCUUUUAAUUUAUCUUUUGUUCCUCGUCCUGGGCAACUUCAUGACUUUAGUUUUAUUGUAAAUCGUUGUUCCCGUGCAUGUUCUUUUGGGUCGCUGGCAUACUUUUCAUUGGAGCAUAAGCUAUAUUAACUUAGGAGGAGCGGAGUGAUUAGAGCUUUAUGGUAUUGUGGACAAGCUAUUAAGCUAUCAUUUAGGGCCUUUUCAUUCUUCUCAUUGUUGGAAUAUUCAUACUCUCAUAUAUUGUGCAGUAAGCCCAGGCAACUAUAUCCUGAGCAAGUUUUCAUUUCCUA